AUGCGGGCGGGGGCGUACACGGUGCACCAGUCGCUCACCGCCGAGGCGGCCGCGGUGCUCAAGCUCUCGCUGGGCCUGGCGCGCCGCCGCGGCCACGCGCAGGUCACGCCGCUGCACGUCGCCUACACGCUGCUCGGGGUCUCGGAGCCGUCGCCGUCGCCGCGGCUCUUCACCACCACCACCGUCGCCGGCGCCUCCACGCCGGCCUACGGUGGCCUCCUCAUGCGCGCCUGCGCCAGGUCCCGCUCCCAGUCCCAGACCCAUCCGGCGCAGUGCCGGGCGCUGGAGCUCUGCUUCAACGUCGCGCUCAACCGCCUGCCCACGGGCAAUGCGGGGUUGGGCAUGGGCUCCUCGCCCUCCACUUCCUUGGCGGCGUCGCUCCUCCAACAGCCCAGCCCGACGCUGUCCAACGCGCUCGUGGCCGCGCUCAAGCGCGCGCAGGCCAACCAGCGCCGCGGCUGCGUCGAGUUGCAGAGCCAGCCGUCGCCGCCAGCGCCAGGCCCGCAACCGCAGUCCACCUCUCCGAGCCAGCAGCAGCCUAUGCUCACGAUCAAGGUCGAGCUGGACCAGCUCAUCAUCUCCAUCCUCGACGACCCCAGCGUGAGCCGGGUCAUGCGGGAGGCCGGCUUCUCCAGCGCCGCCGUCAAGACCAACCUCGAGGAGGAGAGCGCCGCCAUGCUGCUUGGCCUCGGCAACCACCACUGCUCCUCGACGCCGUCGUCCUCCCCUGCUCCUCCAGCCGCGGCCGUAGUAGUACCGCCUCACUUGUACCUGCUGGAGCCUUACGGCGGCUUCCCGGCGCACGCCAGUGGCAGCGGCGCGUUGUGGGCAGCGCCCUCCUUGGAGUCCGAGUCAUCAUGCAAGGCGGAAGACGUGAGAGCGAUCUUGGAGGUGAUGUUGACGCCGCGCCAUGGGAGGGGGAGACGAGCCAACCCCGUGGUCGUCGGCGACUCCGCGUCCGUUGCCGGGGCGUCCGUCGCUGAGCUGAUGCGGCGGAUGGAGCGAGGCGACGUCCCCGACGAGCUGCGCGGCGCGCGAGUCCUCCGGCUCCACCUCUCCCACGUCCACGUCCGGCUCAUGACCCGCGCCGACGUGGACGCGUGGGCGGCCGACCUGCGCCGCAGCGUCGGCGCCGCCACCGGAACCGACAACACGGGCGCAGGCCUCGUCAUCUACGUCGGCGACAUGCGCUGGGCCGUCGACAGCAACGACGACGACGCCCGCGGCUUCAGCCCCGCUGCGCACCUGGCCGCAGAGCUCGCCCGCCUGCUCGGCGAGCUCCGCCUCCGCGCCGCGUCGUCGCACGGCGGGCGCACCUGGCUGGUGGCGGCCGCGAGCUACGGGACCUUCAUGCGGUGCCAGCGGUCGUCCCUGGAGGUGACGUGGGACCUGCAGCCGGUGUCCGUCCCCGCUGGCGCUGGCGGCGGCCUCGACCUGGAGCUCGGCCCUCGCGCUGCAACAGCAAGGUCAAGCCCGGCUGACGGCAAGGCCGCCCAACCUGCUCAGUUUCCUCUGCUGGAUCUUGCACCCAAACAAGACCAAGAGGAUGGCGUGCCAAUGCCAACCCUGUGUGCUGAAUGCGCUAAGUACUACGAAAAUGAAGCAUCGGUUGCGAGAGCAAAGGCAGCAGGCACCAAUCUCGCGCUGACCUUCUUCCCUGGCUGGCCGCAGGCAGACGAGCCCCAGACGUCGCACAAGGAUGAUCUGAUGGAGCUGAAGAGGAAAUGGAGCCGGCUCUGCCAGCUGAGGGUUCACUCGCGGUGGAACCAACCGACUCGUCCGUGCAAUGCAAAUGCAACCACCUCUUCUAGCAAUAGCAAUAGCAACCCAGGGCUGUGCUUAAGCUUUGAGGAGGCUCCCACCUUUCAUGGCAUUGGCAGGAGCAAGAUCAAGCAGCAGGACGUCAAGACCACCCUGAGCCUACUCUCGGAGUCCGUCGAGACAUCCGAUGAGUUCCACCCCCACGAGAGCGAGGGCAUGGACGAGGCCAUGGCCAGGCCGGUGGCGCAGGAACCAGAUCAGGUGGCGGCAGCAGCUAAAUCCAGCGACAUGAAGAGCGUCCCAUGGUUGUGGACCAAUAAUGAGCUGCUGCCGUCCGGCGAUCUCAAGAGAAAAGCGGAGAGCGUCCGGAUGCCGAGCGAGUCCAAGCGCUGGAUGGAAGGUGGCGGUGGCGGUGGCGGUGGCCUUGACCUGAACCUACGCGCUGACGACGAGGAGGAGGAUGGUGGCGGUGGCAGCAAUGAAGACGAGCUUGUUCCGAGCGACUUGACAAACGACGGUGAAGGCGCCAGUGGUGAUGUGACUGACGACAGCCUCGAUAGCCAUCGCCACGCUGCUGUGACCUUCGACUUCGAUCACUAA